AUGUCGCAUUUCGUCUCGGGCCGAGCGUCGCAGGACUUUGACUCGCUGCAGACCCAGCUGCUCCGGCGAGAGCCCGUGCUGGACGGCAUCGCCUCCGAAGACGAAGACGCGCUCUACUCGGACGGCACCGAUGAGGCACACCACGCUGGGCCAUCGGACUCUCUGGCAAGCCGUCGGAGGCGUCCGCUAGAAGACCUCGGGCUCGCCGACGACCAGCACAGCCAGCGAACUUCGCGCGUUGCCUCGCUCUAUUCACGACGCAACAGUCCCGAACUGCCCGAACCAGGUCCAUCGCGUCCACGGAGCGUUGCGAGCAAUACGAGUAAUGACGCAGCGCAAGACGGCCAGUCCGAAGCCGCCGACUACUUUUCCACAGCAAAACGCUCCUCGGCGCCCGCCUAUCGUGUGGAUUUGAACAGCGGCAGCCUCAGCGGCAAUCCCUUCUCUUCCUCCACCGACGACGCCCACAGCCAGGAUGCGCGCGGCACUGCAGCUGCCACUCCUUCUGCAUCGGCAGAUCAGCCAUACGAUGCCACCCAUUCCGCUGCUGCUGCUGCUGUUGGCGAUCCGUCUGCUGCUGGCCGCCCAGGCCUCUCCUCAGCGUCCUCCUCUGCCACCUUUCUCACCCACAGCACCUCCACCAUACGGCCGCGCAGGAUGCCCAAAGGCGUCUCCUUCUCCGAUCGCAACGUCGGUCCGGGCGAGGAUGGCCACUCUGCUCGAAACGGAAAGCGAUACCGUCGCCCGGCACGCUCCAACAGCGGCUUCCAAGAUCCUUUUCACAACUCCGCCCACCUCCCGCGCACAAAGAGCCUCGGCAUGAUCAGCCCCGCAGAGAUGGCUCCGCGCAAGCUCGGCACCUGGGACGGCGUGUUCAUGCCCGUCAGCCUCAACAUCCUCGGCAUCAUCCUCUUCCUCCGCUUCGGAUUCAUCAUCGGCCAGGCCGGCUUGCUCGGCGCCCUCUUCCUCUUGCUCCUCAGCUAUGCCAUCGACACGCUCACCGCCAUGAGCCUCAACGCCAUCAGCACCAACGGUCAGGUCCGCGGCGGAGGCGCAUACUAUCUCAUCUCCCGCUCCCUCGGCCCCGAGUUCGGCGGCUCCAUCGGCCUCAUCUUCUUCGCAGGCCAGGCCUUCAACGCCGCCAUGAACGUGCUCGGUUUCGUAGAGACGCUCACAGACGCCUUCGGCCAGAGCAGAGGCGAUUCCGGCUUUCUCCCCGAGGGUCCUUGGUACAACUUCUUCUACGGCUCCAUUGUCCUCCUCCUCAGCGCCAUCGUAUGCCUCGUCGGCUCCAAGCUCUUUGCACGCGCCACUCUCGCCCUCGCCCUCAUCCUGUCUGUCGCCAUCAUCAGCCUUCCCGUCUCCUCCUUCACCGUAAAGCCCUUCAUCGACGACGACCGCGGCGCCUACUACACCGGUUGGUCGUGGCAGACGCUCAGAGGCAACCUCUUCCCGCACUUCACCGCAGGCGCAGCAGGAUCCUCCACCGGCUCCGAGCCCGAAAACUGGCAGACCAUCUUUGGCGUCCUCUUCCCCGCCGUCACCGGCAUCCUCGCCGGCGCCUCCAUGUCCGGCGACCUGCGCAAACCCAGCAAGAGCAUCCCCAAGGGCACAAAUUACUCGCUCCUCUUCACCUUCCUCAUCUACUUCUUCAGCUUCAUCAUCUUUGCGGGCACCAUCGACCGCGAGUCCUUCUACGUCGACGUUGGCAUCGUCUCGGACGUCGCGCUCAGCCCGCAGGUCAUCACCUUUGGCGCUCUCGCCUCCACCGCCUUCUCCGCCCUCAUGGGCACCAUGGCAUGCGGCAAGGUCCUCCAGGCCAUCGCACGCGACAAUCUGCUCCCCGUCCUCGACGUCUUUGCCCAGGGCACCGAAGUCAGCGACACGCCUGUCUACGCCGUCCUAGUUACCUACAUCUUUUGCCAGGCCAUCCUCUUUGUCGACUCGGUCAACACCAUCGCUCAGCUCGUCACCAUGACCACCCUCCUCACUUUUGGCACGCUCAGCUUCGCAACCUGCGCGCUCAAGGCAGGCGGUGCGCCCAGCUUCCGUCCUUCCUUCAAGUACUGGAACAUCUGGACCGCCGCGGGCGGUGCCAUCAGCAGCUUUGGCGCCAUGUUCUUCACCAACCCCACCGUCGCCGCCGUAUGCGUCAUCUUUGCCGUCCUCCUCUUUGUCAUGAUCCACUUCUUCUCGCCACCCAAACCCUGGGGCGACGUCACUCGCAACAUCACCUACCACUUUGUCCGCAAGUACCUCCUCCGCCUCGACGAGCGCAAGGGUCACGUCAAGUACUGGCGCCCCCAGAUCCUCCUGCUCGCCAACAAUCCGCGCACAGAGUGGAACCUCAUCAUCUUUUGCAACUCGCUCAAAAAGGGCGCGCUCUACGUGCUCGGACACGUGCUCAAGGGCGAGUUCACCGACUGCCUUGCAGAGCUCCGCAAGCAGCAGGUCGCAUGGCUCAAGCUCGUCGACCUCACCGGCAUCAAGUCGUUUGUCGACGUCGUCAUCGCAAAGGACGAGCGAGAGGGCGCGCGCAACCUCAUCCUCUCGUGCGGCCUUGGCGGCAUGCGCCCCAACAUCGUCGUCAUGGGCUAUCCGAGCGAUAUGCGCCAUCCGGCAAAAGUGGCGCGAACCAACGCAGCCGGGAGCAGCAGACGGAACAGCGACGGCAGCGAGAUCACCAUCCGCGGGCUCUCGUGGCCCCAACGCCACCACCGCACCGUCGACAUCGGUAGCCUGCCAACCGACGUGGCGCGCAAAGAGACGCCCAUCUUACCCACCACCUACGUCGGCAUCAUGGAAGAUGCGCUCGCCUUGAACAAGGCGCUGGCCAUUGCCUACGGUUUCGAUCUCAUGCAGCCUCCGUCGGCCGAAGCUGCCUCGAGCUCGUUGCCGUCAGCGCGACCGAGCGCUCAAACAGGAGAGCGCUACAUCGACCUCUGGCCGAUCCAGAUCGCCAGCCCCGACGCCGACGACAGCCAUGCCUGGGACACGUACACGAUGGUGUUGCACCUCGGCACCAUCCUGAGCUUCACCAGCAGCUGGAAGGCGCACAAGCUGCGCGUCUCGGUGUUUGUCGAGCAUCCGCACGAGAUGGCCGAGGAGCGCAAGCGUAUUCAGGCGCUGCUCGACAACCUGCGCAUCCCCGCCUCGCUCCGUGUCUUCUGCCUGGCUGACCAGAGCGUGACCACCUACCAGACCAUCGUACAUGGCAGUAGCACGGCUACCGUCGAGGUGGACGAGGCUCUACGCGGCGACCCGUGGUGGGAGACGCUCAAGGAGCUUCGACGCAACGACGAGCGCCGCGCACGUGCUGCUGCGAAACGCCGAUCGCAGGCGCUGUCGCCUGCCAAAGCCAUUCCUGCCACGCCAGGGCAAGCAGCCUCCAGCGGCGACGCGCCACGCAAGCAGUCCAAGCGCGAGCUCAAGCUGUUUGGCGUGAGUCUGCCUGCCGAGCACCUCGAAUUCCACAAGCAGAACAUCCGCCUCGGCCUGGCGCAUCCACGCGCGCGCCGCGACGAUGGCGACGAUGGCGACUCGUCAGACUCGGACUCGGAUCUUGAUGACGAGCUGGCGCUGCUGUCCGAAGACGACGACUGGCUUGUCGACGGCGCCGGCCGACGCGGGCUCGCCAUCCGCCGCGCGUCGACGCUCGAGCCGGCGAGCUAUUCGAGCAAGACGCGCGGCACACGUCCGCGCGCCUACUCGAUCGGCGGCUCUGCGGGGCUUCCGGACGACCCUGUGUCCGCGGCAAGUCGGCCGCUGCUCGGCUCGAGUGUCUCGACGCAGCUCGCGCCCGGCUCGGUCGGGAGCAGCUACGGCGCGCUGAGCUCGAGCCAGCGCACGGCGACGCCGGCGACGGUACGCGCGGCAUCCAACGGAGGCUCGUCGACGCAGCUGCUCGGCUCGUCGUAUGCGUCGACCGACUCGAGCAUGACACCGCGUGCGUCGGUGCCGUACAGCGAAGGUAGGCGCUCGCCUCUGCGCGAGGCCAUGCAGGCCAACGGCGACGGCGACGACGACGAGAAUGCCGCCACGCUAAAGGCGUCCGAGCGACAGAGGCUGCAGGCGGAGCUGAAGCGCGCGGACGAGGCGAACAAGACGACGCCGACCAAGUCGACGGGCGCGAUGCCGACGGGCGACACUGUGACACCUCGCCCGAAAACGCGCAAGGGUGGGCAGCGGCAGUCGUCGUAUGCCGGGCCGACGGCGUCGAUGGAUCUGAGCGACGGCUCUGGCUCGUCUUCCGGGCGCGAGUACGAUGCCAAGACGCGACAGGGAGGCGCUCGCCCGGGCAAGGGACGCAAGGCAUCGACGUCUUCCGUCUCUUCCGUGUCAUCACGCCACGGUCGAGCACGAUCGGAAGAGACGCGCACAGCAAGCAAGUCGCCGUCGCCCGUGCACAUGCGACGUCUGCGCCCGGCGCCGGCCGAGCGCACGGCUUUGGCGCGCAGCACGAGCCAGUACUCGACGGAUCUGCCGGUGGUGUCGUUCAACGAGCUGCCGAACAAGGCUCAGUACCUCAUUCUGAACGAGCUGAUCCGCAUCAACAGCUCGCCGGCGACGGGCGUGGUGCUGACGGCGCUGCCGGCGCCCGAGCCGGGCACGAGCCGCGACGAGCUCAAGUCGCUGCGCUACCUCGAGCAGCUCGAGAGCCUGUUUGGCGGCGGCCCGCCCGUGUUGGGCGUGCAUGCCAAGACGCUCACCAUGACCAUGAGCCUCUAG